AUGGCUCGGUACCGUCCUGCCGUUGCGAUGUUGCUGAUGAUACUCGCCACGCUGCUGCUAGCAGCACAGCCGUCCAGCGCGAACCGGCGAGCCUGGCGCAACGGUGGAAGGUUCCAGCCCCUUGAAGCGCCAGCGAGCGGCGGCAAUGGCGGCAAUGGCGGAAGCGGGUCCGUCUACAUCGUGCGCCUGAGCUCCGCGCCACCGCUCGUCGAAUACCGCGGCGGAAUCGCCGGCUACCCCGCCACUGCCACGUGGGACGACGGCCGCGACGCGAAUGACGGGGCCGACGACGACGAAUCCGUACCGGAGAUGGACCUUGCAGCCACCGACGUCGCCGCAGGAGCAGACGCAGCGUCUUUGCGGGCGGCGAAGCAUGAAGCCGAGGACGCAACGACUCCGGCUCCACCUCGCAGCGCUGCUGCGGCUGAUGAUGAUGCAGCGCCGUCGCGGGCGGUGAAGCAGACCGUGCCGCUGCCUUACUGGGACGGCGACUGGAGUUUUUUCUACUCAGAGCCCAAUGCAACUGCGCCUGCGCCCGCAGGAGCCACAGGCAGCGGCGGCGGCAACGGCAACGGCGGGCGCGCCGCGCGGCGCCGAAUGCGGCUGAGCAUGGACCGGCCGCAGGUGGCGGCGUUCGCGACGCUGCUGCAGCGGCAGCAGGCGCAGGUGGCAUCUGAGGCGGGCGUACUCGACUCAGACCUCAUCUACAGCUACAAGCACACCUCCAACGGCUUCGCGGCGCGCCUCACCGCGCGCCAGGUGUGGCGGCUGCAGCGCCAUCCCGACGUCGCGUCCGUGACCCCCAGCCGCAUGUUCAGCGUCCAGACCACCGACUCACCCAAGUUCCUCGGGCUCCCGGGUAAGGUGUGGCCGGCAGUGGGCGGCCAGAGCAAGGCGGGCGAAGGGACAGUGGUGGGGAUUAUCGAUUCCGGCAUUUGGCCAGAACACCCGUCGUUUAGCGAUGCAGGGAUGAGCUCGAAGCUGCCCGCCGGGUGGAAGGGCAAAUGCGAGCAGUCCAGCUCGUUCCGGUGCAACAACAAGGUGAUCGGCGCCCGGGCUUUCUAUGCCGCGUUCGGCUCGCCCUCGCUGCAAAACGACUGGCUGUCGCCGCGCGACGGCAGCGGCCAUGGCACGUGGUGUGCGGGCGCGGCGGCGGGCAACCCCGUGAGCAUGCAGGGCGGCGGGCAGAUGAGCGGCAUGGCGCCUGCAGCUCGCCUCGCGGUGUACAAGGUCUCAUGGACUGACAGGAACGGACGCGGAGGUCUCAGCAACGGAGCAGACAUCACGGCGGCCAUCAAUCAGGCGGUGGCGGACGGCGUGGAUAUUCUUUCCCUCUCUAUAUCAGGCUUGGGUGCCAACCAAGACUAUUUCGGCGACCUCGUGUACUUGAGGGCCAACGCUGCGGGGGUGUUUGUGGCCAUGUCCGCGGGCAACAGUGGAGCCCCCGGGCGGUCGCAGGGAGGGAUUUACCGCACGGUGGGCAAUUUCUCUCCCUUCAUCCUCAGCGUUGGCGCCAGCACCAUCGCUAAAGGAGCGUCCUUAGCUGCAGCCCGCACCACCAACAUCGCCAGCGCCACUGGCAGCACCAACAGCAGCAACAGCAUGGGCGACAGCAGCGCCACGCUCACUGCCGAUGGGGGAAUUACUUUCACCGCCGCCUCCUCCGACCCCAGGGUCGCUGACAUUUCCUCCCGUGGGCCGCUCUUACCGCCCAAUGCCACAGCCCGCCCUCCGCUGCCAGCUAACGACAUUCUCAAGCCUGAUAUCAUCGGGCCUGGCGUUGACCUUGUAGCCGCUGCUCCCUCGAAGAAAAUCGGUGAGCCGGGCACGACCGCUCGCCGCACGGGUACUUCCAUGUCCACCCCGCAUUUGGCGGGGCUAGCCGCGAUAAUCAUCCAGAAAUACCCUGACUGGAGCCCGGCUCAGGUCAUGUCAGCACUGAUGACGACCGCACGGGUGACUGACAUGAGCAACAGCCCUAUUAAGACUGAAUUCUCGGGUGUGGAGGCAACCCCGUGGGACAUGGGCGCAGGGCAUGUGUUCCCGCCUGCAAUGCUCGACCCUGGUCUAACAUACGACGUUCGAGAGAAAGACUACCAGAAUUUUCUCGCCGGCCAGGACCUGAACCGCGCGAAAAAGGAGUUCCCAGGGGCGUCUCUCUCCCCCUUGGCCGUGCGUAAUCUCAACCUGCCCACCAUCACGCUAGCUCGCCUGCAGGGCUCUGUUCAAGUCACCCGCACAGUCACCUGCGUUGGAAGCUCUGUGUCCACAUACACUGUAUCUGGGAGUCCGCCCCAGGGCGUCAGGGUGUUUGUAGGGCCUGGGAGAUUCACGCUUGCUCCGGGGCAGAAGGCGAAUUACACGCUUAUUGCCACGGUGGUAACACCCAGCAAUGACUUCAAGUACGGGUUUAUUGUGUGGAAGGACGACAAGGGGCACAGCGUGCGCUCUCCUCUCGUGGUUCAGCCGAUUUCCCGCUAA